AUAGCCACCGACGCGCUUUAUGUUCCAAACCUUUCAAAAGGCACAUCCCAUUCAUCACAUUCAUACCAAAAUAAGUCACACCUCUCUUCCAAACUUUUCAUUUCAAUUUUGCUCUAUCAAUUAAUAUGUCAAAGGUUAAAGUUGAUCAACUUAAUCAACUAAGAGAAAUCUUCAGACGAUUCGACAUGGAUUCCGAUGGCAGUCUAACAAUGUUAGAACUAGCAGCACUUAUUCGUUCGUUAGGCGUAAGGCCUUCAGGUGACGAAGUUCAAAUCCUAUUAACCAAAAUGGACUCAAACGGAAACGGUUCUGUUGAGUUCGAUGAAUUAGUAGAAGCCAUAAUGCCGAACAUGAAUGCAGAAGUAUUGGUGAAUCAAGAACAACUUAUAGGUGUGUUCAAGUGCUUCGAUCGCGAUGGGAAUGGAUUCAUUUCAGCAGCUGAAUUGGCUGGAGCAAUGGCUAAAAUGGGUCAGCCACUUACAUACAAAGAGCUUAUUGAGAUGAUUAGAGAGGCAGAUAUGGAUGGUGAUGGUGUUAUUAGUUUUAGUGAGUUUGCUACUAUUAUGGCUCGAUCUGCUUCUGAUUUAUUAGGAGUGUUUGAAUACAGAAACAAAACACAUUCAUUUCAAUCAUAACUUCUUGUAGAUGUUCUUAAAAUUUUUCAUGUUUGGUUGAAUUGAAUGUGUAGCUUGUACUAUAAUUGUUUUAUGGUAUGAUUUGAUGGAAUUAAUGGAAUUAAAUAUGGAUAUUUGAUUUGUCCAC